AUGAAGAUGGCCGUUGUGCAGCAGGAACUCUGUGAGUUGAAAAUGCGUCUUGAGGCCCGUAGUGGGCGCAAGAUCUCUGAGAAAGACAUGCGCCUGAUCCGUAAGAUUGAGCAACUCAAGGAGGAACUUCGGGAGCUUCUGGUAGAGUUGCGGAAACGCAAAUCUGAAGAGGAACAUAGCCUUAUUUUGACGAAUGAGGAACCAGAAGAUGAGGAAAUUGAAAGGGAAUUUCAUCGGCCCCAUCGGCGCCGAGCUCUGUCUAUCAGUUCCAAACGGUCAACUGUUUCUGUCUCAUCUGUUGCCCGACCCCUUGCUGCUUCGUGUUCAAUUUUGUAUUUUUCCUACCCAUCUGACCGGUCAGUUUGGCUGCCCCCUCUCCCAACCAACAGUAUUGGCUCACAAGCUGAUGAAACUGUGAAGUGUCUGCUGUUGUCUUGGUUGGAACUCCUGACCUUGGUCCCUGGAUCCUAG